UCAAACUAACCGAGGAGUAACAAAAACAAACAUAACACCGAGGGGGCUCCGGGGACGAGGGAUGGAGGCAGGUUUUCUCAUGAGCUGCUGAAAGCAACUUUACCUUUGGUCUCCGCUACAUCAGAGAUACCUGAUCUGUAGUGGAGUCAUGGAGUCGUCUUCCGAUGAAGAGGAGGUCCGCACCUUCGUCCAUGUGAUGAGUGAAAAGUACAACCCAGAGAACUUCCCCUACGGCCAGGGAGUGGUGGUCCUGCCCAGUCCUCCAGGCUCCCCCAUCAAAGACCGCCUCUUCCUGCCCAGCGCGCUGGUCCUGAGUGAUAGUGGGAUCAGUAAAGCUGGCAACAGGUCACAUAUCGCAGCUUUCUGUGCUCAUGUGUUAGAGCUGGACCUGUCCUUCAAUCAGCUUAACGACUGGGGAGAGAUCAGCACCAUCGUCUCCAGCAUCCCCCAUCUGGACUUCCUCAAUCUAAGUAUGAACCCCCUGAGCGGCAUGGAGCUGGACCCCAGCAUGGCUGACGUCUUCUCCCGGGUCCGGCGACUCGUCCUCAACAACACGCAAGUCAGCUGGGACACGGUGCACACCCUCACGCAGAACAUGCCAGAGCUGAUGGAGCUUUUCCUGUGCCUGAAUGGUUACAACACUGUUUCUGAAUCCCAGACGUCGUGUCCGUCGCUACACCUGCUGCAGAUCACCGACAACCAGCUGCAAGCCUGGGCGGAAGUGAGGAAGUUUGGCCAGUUGUACCCGCGGCUGAGCACGCUGGUUCUGGCCAACAACAGCGUGGACUCUGUGGGAGACACCAAGGAAACACUGGAGAAUCUGUUCCCCAACCUGCGCAGCAUCAACCUCAACAACUCAGGGCUUAGUGAAUGGAAAGACAUUGAAAGGCUGAAUUUCAUUCCGAAGCUGCAGGAAGUCAAAGCAAAAGGGAUUCCUUUAUUACAGCCCUACAGCACUGAGGAAAGGCGUAGCCUGCUUUUAGCUCAGCUGCCACGCGUCAUGGUGUUGAACGGGGGUGCAGUGUCUGAUGGAGAGAGAGAAGAUGCCGAGAGGUUCUUCAUCAGAUACUACCAGGACUGUCCAAAGCAGGAGCUUCCUGAGAGGUAUAACUACAGCUCAAAAAUUGAGAUUCAAAUUAAUGGGCUAUAUGUAUUUAUUCUCCUUUUAGCAACUACUCAUGAUGUCUUGUAUCCAUAUGGACCUGGUCAAAGGGAUCUGGAAACACCCAAGAUGGAUGAUGGGAGUUCUACGGAAGUUCCUUUGCUCAUGUCCUUCAUAUUCUUCAAUGUGCCCUACCGUUCAAUCUAUGUCAACAAUAAUGGUGUGAUCUCGUUCAACGUGCAAGUGAGCCAGUUCACCCCCGAGGCUUUUCCCUUGAGUGACAGCAGGUCCUUCAUCGCUCCACUAUGGGCAGAUGUGCACAACGGCAUCCGUGGAGAUGUGUACUACCGAGAGACCUCUGACCCAGAAAUACUGGAAAGGGCAACUCAAGAUGUCCGGAAACACUUCAAAAACAUUCCUGCCUUCACAGCCGCGUGGGUCUUUAUUGCAACAUGGCACCAAGUCACCUUCUACGGAGGAAGCCAGACAACACCGGUGAACACAUUCCAGACGGUGCUAAUCUCAGACGGUGCAGCAUCCUUCAGCAUGUUCAAUUAUGGAGAAAUUACAUGGAGCACAGGAACAGCAAGUGGUGGGGAUCCCUUAACAGGACUGGGUGGCACAACAGCCCAGUCAGGUUUUAAUGGUGGAGACAUUGAUCACUUCUUCAACCUCCCGGGAUCACGGUCAAAUGAUGUUGUCAACAUUGAACAGACAACCAACGUGAACAUUCCCGGACGCUGGUUUUUCCGCAUAGACACUGAAUUUAUUGAUCCUGCCAAUGGCUGCAGCUACAGUGGGCGUUUCUACAGACGAGGCGAGAUCUUCUGGAUGUCUGACCAGUGCUCACAGCGUUGUCGCUGUCUUGACAUUGAUAACGAGAUUCAGUGCCUAGAGGCUCCCUGUGGGCAGUUUGAGAUCUGCGAGCAGCAGGAGGGGGCCUUUUACUGCCAGCCCACCCGUACCAGUACUUGUGUGGUAUUUGGUGACCCCCAUUAUCACACUUUUGAUGGUUUCCUCUAUCACUUCCAAGGCACCUGCACCUAUCUGUUGGCUCGGCCCUGCUGGGAGAUGAUGGGAAUGCCCUUCUUCAGUGUAGAGGCCAAAAAUGAGAACCGUGGGGUUGCCUCGGUUUCCUGGCUCAGAGACGUCACUGUGGAGGUGUACGGCCACAGGGUCAUGAUAGCUAAAGGAAGUUUGGGAACAGUUCAGGUGGAUGGUUUGAUGAAGACUUUACCAGUGCAGCUCCAGCUUGGUGCCAUAAGGGUGUAUCAGUCUGGGGUUGCCAUUGCAUUAGAAACAGACUUUGGACUUAUGGUAACCUAUGACGGUCAGCACUAUGCAUCUAUCUCCCUACCGAGCUCCUACUUCAACAACACUUGUGGACUUUGUGGAAAUUAUAAUGAUGACCCUGCUGAUGAUCCUGUGCUUCCUGAUGGCUCCCUGGCAGAAAGUGUGGUGGAGUUGGGAGGCAGCUGGAGGGCAGAUGACACAGACUGGAGGUGCACAGAUGGCUGCACUCAGAACUGCAGUGUAUGUGAUCCUGUUGUAGAGGCCUUCUACUUUCGCCCGGACUACUGUGGAGUCAUUAACAGAACUGAUGGAGCUUUUCGGGACUGCAGAGCUGUAGUGGACCCUACAGCUUUUGUGUAUAGCUGUGUAUAUGACAUGUGCAGCAACAAAGAUAACAUCACCACACUAUGCCAAGCCAUCCAGGCCUAUGCUCUGGCUUGUCAGGCCCUUGGUGUAACCAUACGACCAUGGAGAACCCGCAACUUCUGUGCAUGGUCAUGUCCAGAAUUCAGCCAAUACCAGGUGUGCACAAGUGCUUGUCCAGCUUCCUGCUCAGACCUCACAGCUCCCCUGUAUUGUCCUCAUCCUUGUACCGAGGGCUGCCAGUGUGACGAUGGCUAUGUUCUGAGUGGCAGUCGCUGUGUACAGCCUGAGGACUGUGGGUGUGAGCACAACGGCCACUAUUACCCCCUUAAUGACACUUUCUGGGCAGGCCCCAGUGGUGAGGACGGUGACUGUACCCUCCGCUGCACUUGUGGGUUUGAUGGGGAAGUUUCCUGCUUCAAUGAGUCCUGUAAGGAGGGUGAAGUGUGUGUGGCCGAGGUGGGCUUGCUGGGUUGUUACCCCCGUAGGGAGGGGGUUUGCUCAGUCACUCAGAACUCUGUGGCAUCCUCCUUUGAUGGCACCUUCCUGUCAUUCCCAGAUGACAGCUCAUACUACCUACUUAAACUGUGUGGUCCAGUACCAGCUAAUGGCUCAACAGUGGAGGUGAAGAUAAGCAGGCGGCUUGUGAACAAAAGUCCUACUUGGAAGAGGCCUGUUGUAGUUACAGUAGCCAACCUUGAGGCACAGAUGGGAGGCUCAGAUUUUGAUACAGUAAAGGUAAAUGGUGAACCAGUGGUGCUCCCAUAUGUCCAUCCAAUGGAGACAAUGAUGAUCUACAAGGCACCGGGAAAUGCUACUGUUGUGGAGUCCCGUGGUGUACUUCGUGUCCACUAUACACGCCAAGGAUUCCUCAACAUAUCGCUUUCCACCAACUUCUACAACGUAACUUGUGGUUUAUGCGGCGUCUUCAACAGUAACACAACUGAUGACUUGCGCCUUCCCAAUGGACGCCUCGCAGAGUCUACUGAACAAUUCACAGAGAGCUGGAGAGCAAUUGCUGAUGACCUUCCAUGCAACGGGGACUGUGAUGACCUGUAUCUCAUGUGCACAGACUUACGUCUUUACCAGAGCUCUUGGAUGUGUGGGAACAUCAACGACCCAGGGAAUAGCUCCUUUUUGGCGUGCCAUGCGGUGGUCAAUCCAUCACCGUUCUUUAGGAACUGCUUAUAUAACAUGUGCGUAAGGGAAGGGAACCGUUCAGCCCUUUGUUCUUCACUGCAGGCUUAUGCCAGCGCGUGCCAGGAUGCUCAAGUGGGCCUAACUUCAUGGAGGAGUGCGAGCAACUGUCCUCUUCCCUGCCCGGAGAACAGCCAUUUCGACGAAUGCACCAGUGCCUGCCCUUUGACCUGUUCUAACCUGGAUGAAGGGCCUGAGGAGCCGUGUCCUCUACCAUGUCAAGAGGGCUGCCGGUGCCAAGACGGCUUCGCGCUGCGGGACGGCCUGUGCGUGGCGCGAAGCGACUGCGGCUGUGUGAGCUACGGGCGACAGCUCGCCACCAAUCAGACGUUUUGGACAGACUGGGAGUGCCAGGAGCGCUGCUACUGCAACGGCUCCGACAACAGCGUCUACUGUCAGCUGGCGCCCUGUCACCCGGACGAAUACUGCCAGGAGAACGACGGCUUGUAUUUCUGCCAGCCACGGACCGAAGCCCUGUGUGUGGCCGCAGGUUAUGGGCAUUUUCUGCCUUUUGGUGGCGUGCCGUUUGAGCUGCAGAGCUCUUGCACGAUCAGGAUGGCCACCACCAGCUGCGGGAGUGAGAACAGGGAGCAUGCAGUGGUGAGCUCAGCUCUCCCUCGGUUUAAGCUGGCGGCUCGCAACGAGGACAGAGACACAGGCCAAGCAAUCUGGGUGAGGGGCUUCGUUCUCGAGGUCUACGAGUAUGAAAUUGAAGUGAUUCGAAGCUACAAAAACACAGUCACUGUCAAUAAGGAGCGCCUGAACUUCCCUCUAAAACUGGGCCCGGGUAAGGUCAGCAUCUUCACCUCAGGCAUGCUGCUCGUUCUGGAGGCGGACUUUGGUCUGAAGGUGGCUUUUGACUGGAACACCCUCCUCCUGCUGACGCUACCCAGAGACCUUUACAACACUUCCUGUGGCCUCUGCCAGGGCAUGCCCUCAUCCCCGCCCCACCUCACCACCGCCGACUGGGGCAUGGCCUGGGCCGAGAGGGACACCUUCUGCCAGGUGGGCUGCGGAGACUCCUGCCCGCGAUGCGGCCUGGAGGAGAAGAACAGCCUUAACGACUCUCCUCCGAUGGUGGCGGAUGCCAACACGAACGCAGACGACGAUGACGAGACAAACGGAGUCGCUGCAGGCAUCCGCUUCCACCUAGGAGAUGGACUCUACGUGUUUGUGGAGCCCGAGGCGGUGAGGCUGUGUGGGCUGAUUGUGGAUCGAGGAGGUGUGUUUGCACGUUGCCACAGCAAGGUGGAGCCAACGUUCUUCUACCAGAGCUGCCUGCAGGACACCUGCGUGGAUCAGGGAGCCCAGGACACAAUCUGUAACUGGCUGCAAAUCUACGCCAGUACCUGCCAGACUCAAGGAGUGCCUGCCACGGGCUGGAGGAGCGACACCCCGUGUGUCCAGAGCUGUCCACCGAACAGCCAUUACACCAGCUGCAUGUCGGUGUGCCCGCCCCAGUGCGCCCCGGCCCGCGGCCACAGGGACUGCAGCCAGGACUGUGUGGAGGGCUGCCAGUGUGACCAGGGAUACGUGCUCAACGGAAAGAGCUGCAUCCUGCCUCAGAACUGUGGCUGCUACACUGAUGGCAAGUACUACGAGCCCAAACAGCUGUUUUGGAACGGUGACUGCACCAAACGCUGCCAGUGCAUCGGGCGAAACCUCAUCCAGUGUGACCCGAGGCGCUGCAAGGCAGAGGAAGAGUGCACCUUGCGUAACGGAGUUCGAGGCUGCUUUGCACGGCGCUCUCAGCACUGCGUGGCAUCGGGUGGCGGGGUCUUCAGGACAUUCGAUGGGGCGUCACUUCGUCUGCCGGCAUCCUGCUCCUUUGUCCUAUCCACUAACUGCCACAAGCUGCCGGACCUCUCCUUCCAGCUCAUUGCUAACUUUGACAAAUGGAGCACACCCAACCUCACCACUAUCUCCCAUGUUUACCUCUACAUAAAUGAGGAGAAUAUACUCAUCUCUGGCAGUACUGUCAAGGUCAACGGUACACCAGUGUCUGUACCGUUUGUAACCGGGCUGAUGACACGUCUGUCCACCUCUGAAGGCUUCAUAGUCAUCGACACCCCGCAGGACAUCCAGAUUCGCUACAACCGCUUCAACACCCUUAGCAUCACAAUGGGCCAGCGACUGCAGAACAAGGUUUGUGGCCUUUGUGGCAACUUCAACGGGGACCCCAGCGAUGACUACAUGACCUCCAGGGGGAAGCCGGCCGUCAGCGCCCUGGAGCUGGCACAAAGCUGGAAGACCAACGGCAUGCAGAACAGUUGUGAUGAGACUCAGUAUGUGGCAUUGGCCCAAUCCUGCGACAACACGGCGGUCCUGGCUUUCCAGGAUGAAGAUGCCUGUCAGAAACUGACAGCGAUGAAGGGUUUCUUUCAGCCCUGUCAUGGCCUGCUGGAUCCCCGGCCGUUCUUCCAGUCCUGCUACCUGGAUGGCUGCUACAAUCAUCACAAGGCCCAGGUCUGCGGCUCGUUGGCGGCCUACGCCGAGGCCUGCCGCUCCUUGGGAACCCUCAGCACCAAGUGGAUCACCCAAGAGAAUUGCUCAGAAUGGAUCUUUGACCCCUGUGCAGGAGAGAUCUGCACAAACUUCACCUGUGAGCUGGAGAAUGGGGGUGACCUGUGUGGCUGCCCCGAGUUACCCAACACCUCCACAGGUGAUGACGCCAUCAUUCAAGCAGAGGUGAACUGCAAGCAUGCCCAGAUGCAGGUCUCCAUCUCCAAGUGCAAGCUCUUCCAGCUGGGUUUUGAACGAGAAGAUGUCAGGAUCAACGACAACCGUUGCGCCGGCAUCGAGGGAGAGGACUUCAUCUCCUUCCACAUCAACAACACAAAGGGACACUGCGGCUCCAUCGUACAGUCAAACAGCACACACAUCAUGUAUAAGAACACCAUCUGGAUAGAGAGCGUGAACAACACCGGCAACGUCAUCACCAGGGAUAAAACCAUCAACGUGGAGUUUUCCUGCGCCUACGAACUGGACCUGAAGAUCUCUCUGGAGACCGUCCUCAAGCCCAUGCUUAGCGUGAUUAACCUCACCUUGCCGACCCAGGAGGGAAACUUCAUCACCAAGAUGGCGCUGUACAAGAACUCCUCCUACCGAAACCCGUACAGGGAGGGGGAGGUGGUGCUCAGCACUCGGGACAACCUCUACGUGGGCGUCUUCGUGGAGGGGGCGGACGAAGACCAGCUCAUCCUCAUAGUCAACAUGUGCUGGGCCACGCCGUCCCGCUACAGCAGCGACCGACUCCGCUACAUCAUCAUAGAGAGGGGAUGCCCAAACAUUAAGGACAACACCAUCGGCAUGGCGGAGAACGGCAUGUCGCUCACCUGUCGCUUCCACGUCACCGUCUUCAAGUUCAUAGGGGAUUACGAUGAGAUCCACCUGCACUGCGACGUCUCACUGUGCGACUCGGAUACAAACACCUGCAAAGUGAACUGUCCACACAAGAGGAGGAUGUACUCGGAGGGCGGCGACCCCAAGGAGCACAUCCUGAGUGUGGGACCCAUAAGAAGAAGAGAGUCCGACUGGUGUGAGGGAGACAACGGAGGCUGUGAGCAGAUCUGCACCAGUAAGGGUACUGGGCCCAUGUGCAGCUGUGUGACUGGAACGCUGCAGCGAGAUGGGAAAAGCUGCCGGACUGCGAGCUCGAGCGGUACCGUCACACCUGCAAUUCUUCUGCUGAGCGUCAGCGCCGUGAUCUCUGCACUCCAGGCCGUUCUUCACACUCCUCUUCUCUCCUAACACCCUGCGAGCUGAAGGAAGGCAGCGAAUACGAG